AUGCCUGAAGUUGACGUGGUGUCACUACGUUUUCCACUUCGCGCGCGAAUGUCACGUGUGGCAUCAAAGUUGGCACAUGCCCAAGGGUCCAGCGGACUUCCGGGGGCGGUACAGACGAAAACCCUGGUUGCUGCGGAUAUCGGGGGGACGAAUGCUCGCUUCCAGAUUUGGUCGACGUCUACUGGAGUCCAGAAACACGAAGAGCUUCUGUAUGAAAAGACGUAUGAUGCUUGUCAGUUUGAGACGUUUGACAUGUGCUUUCGUAAACUCUGCGAGGAUUCAGGACUUACAGUCUUUGACUCAUCUUGCUUUGCUGUGGCCGGCCCAGUGAAGAACAGCCGCUGUGAGAUGACCAACCUGAACUGGCGUUUGGACAGCGUUGCGAUAGAGAGGUCGUUUCGGAUCCCAAAAGUCUCCGUGAUCAAUGACUUUGCUGCCAUUGGAUACGGGAUCAUGGGAUUGGAUCCUUCUCAGCUCGUCGCGCUCAACGAUGUAUCUGCAGAAGAGCGAGGACCCAUCGCGAUAAUCGGGCCAGGGACUGGAUUGGGUGAGGCCAACAUGCUCUGGAACGACUCCAAACAAUCGUACGAAGUCAUAGCUAGCGAGGGGUCGCAUGCGUUAUUUGCACCAAAAAAUCAAAUUGGAGUUCAGCUCCUCGAGUACAUGUGGGUGCAGAACUUACAAGUAUGUGAAGUUGAACAUGUUUGCAGUGGGCCAGGCUUGAGGAAUAUCUAUCGCUUCUUGUGUCGCAAAAAUGAUAUCAAAUGCGACGAAAUUGAGCCCGCAGAGAUAUCUGCACGCGCACUUUCCAAGUCUUGUGAUGUUUGUGUUGCAACAUUGAACAUUUUCCUUGAAAUUUUGGGAUCUGAGUGCCUUGGCGCCGCUUUGCGUGUCCUGGCGACUGGGGGAGUGUACAUCGCUGGCGGCAUACCCCCCAAAAUUUUGCCUUUAAUUACGGAAACCCCAGUGCUUAUCAAAGCGUUUGAAAACUGCAGCCCACCAAUGCGUGAUGUAGUGACACGUUUUCCUUUGAAGGUCGUGAGCGACCCGAAUGUUGGCUUACUCGGUGCAAAGAUAUUAGCAAAACAGCAGAUCUCCGUGAUACUAUGA